AUGGAAGGCUCGAAUUCGCCGCAUACUCCUGAGAAACCAGUCGAUUUUAAGAAAUCAAUUCGUCAAUUGCCUAAAUUGGAAGUCAAAGAUGAUGCCAAAGGAGAAGCAUUGCCGUCAUAUUCGGACCAUGAAUGGGAUGCAAGCGAAGAACCAUUCGCUCCAGAACUACUAAACGUCAAAAAGACGCCGAAUCGCAUCUCUGUGUUUACUGGUCCAUAUCGACAAUCGGAAAUCGAACUUCAUAAAAAAGAUAAAAAUUCAAGUGGGAAAUUUCAAACAAUUGAUGUAUUCCAUAGUAGUCUUCAGAUGUUCCUUAUGAUGAUAGACCCGAACAACUCGCUGCGUUGGUUCAAAAAUUUUGCAACUGUCUAG